GAAGGUUUCUCUUGAAGUAUCCCAGCAAGUCCAACCAGAACUGGGAAUUCCUUGGCUAUCUGUGUACCUUCCUGCAAAACGUUGCCAUGUUAUUUUGAAAGAUGAAACUGGGACUUUUUCUCCUCCAUCAUUAAACUGGCCUGAGACCAAUAACUGGUGCAACUGGACCAUAUGGGCUGGUCCUCACAAGCAUAUCCUGAUUUACAUAAAAGGAUUUGAAGGGAAGUCAAACUGUGAUGACAAUCAGGAUAGGAUCUUAUUCCAAGGGGUUAUGUCGAGUGUUGAAAACAAAGUGAUUUAUGCCUGCAGAAAUCACGGUACUCUGAUUUAUGCUACUCAAGCAGUAGCCCUCUAUGUAGUAUUUUUGUCAGAAGUUUCUUCUCAGAACCAAAGUCAUAAGCACUUUAAAGGACGGUAUUAUAUAUUUGAAGAUCAUGUAAAUUCUACAAGUAGUGAAAAAUCAGUUUUGAAAUCUAACAGCAGUUUUGGAUUCAAGUCAUAUAUAUCUCAUAGAGGACAUAGUUUGAACUUUACAGCGACUACCCCAACGCUUGGCAAAGAGAAUUGGCCAUCUGUGACAAAUGAAAAGACUAUUAAAGCAGAGACAGAAACAUUUUUAAAACCUGCUGUUGGCAAGCAUAUGCAUGUUUCUCUCUUAAAAUCAACAAAAACAGUUAGCUUGAAUCCAUUUGAUUUGAAGAGAAGGCAAGCUACAAAACCAUCUGUUGACAAUAGUAGAACUUUAAACGAAAUUCCUACACUAGUAUCGGAAUCAAAUGAUGUAGAGAAUGAGGAAGAAGCUUUUACACGCAAGCCAGGUGUUUAUUCAACCUCUCCACACAUGACUCAUAAUCCUCAAACGAUGACAAAAUUGGAAUCAACAAAAAAUCAUGGAGCUAUGACUGAAUUUGUCGGUCCUCAGAAUGAUGGCUCUACAACCGCAAGAUGGAUGACAACACAGGUGAGAAGUACUGAAGGAGAAAUCACGAAUGCUGUUACUUUUCCUCAAGUCUCCUUGGAAGAACAGAGAAUUCCAGUCCAAUCUCUUAAAAGUAUCCCACCGAAGAUGCAGAAACAAAUGCUUCAAAUGCUGCUUCCUAAUUCUGAGGUCUCCAAGAAAAAGGCAGACCUAACAGAAUCUCCACAACACCGGGAACAGACCAAAAUAUAUAAAAGAGAGCAGACGGUCAAUCAAGUGUAUACAGCAGAGAAUGGCAACACUGCUGUGCAAAUAACUGUAUCUGAAGGAAUUAAGGCAAGCCCCUGCAAGUCUGCUAUGGAAACCAAGUUCCAUCAUACCCUGACUUUAGCCUCUACUGAUAUGCCUCCUACUCCUUCUCUGAAGUCAUUUAAUGAUUACUUGAUGAGUACUUCCACCACUGUGAAUCCCAAAGUUAUGCCUUCAUAUUUGCUGAUGGCAACUCAGAUAAACACAGCUUUUACUACGCAAUACAAGAAGUCAGUAAGCAGGAAUAGAGAACAUUUGCAAAAGAAGCAGACCAAAACAACUCUUUUGUAUUCCCCUGCUAGUUGGUUGCCAACCAGUAGCAUUCUCUUGAAAGUAAAAAAUAAAUCCUAUGAGACAAAUCCCGAAUUCAGGUCUGAUGAAAAUUAUUUUGCAUUGAACUCUCAGCACAAUCCUGGAGAUCUUCUAUUUGAAACAGUUUUUGAAAUAGAACAGGAAGGACAACUGCCACCUGUUGGAAGCAAUCUGGAAAAAGCUUACAUUGAUUCAAUUAAGCACCAGGUACAAGAAAGAAUGAAACUCUUCUCUAACAAAAUCAAAGAAUUCAAAUUAAAAGAAAUUAUGAGAAAAAAAGAAAUUGAAAUGGACAGACACAAUGGCCCAGACCUCAUAUUCGCAUUCUGGUUGCAUUUAACAUCGGAAGAAAAGAACAUAUCUCACUCACUACAUUUUCAACUGGAAGAUCUUAAUGGUAUAUUUGUGGGAGCUGGUAAGGUCCAAACUGUUUUGGUGAGAGAUGUGAAUGAAUGCAACUCUGAAAUUGGUUUAUGUGGCAAUGAGGCCAUUUGUCUCAACGAAUAUGGAACAUACUCCUGCCAGUGUAAAGAAGAGUACGAGGACCGUUCUCUGACAAAAUCGGGUACUUUGUGUGUUCGUAAUCCACGGUCAGGUUUGGACUCCUUCUACAACCACAUUGAGUUUAUUCUCGGAAUCACUGCUUUUUGCAUCACUCUGCUCAUUGUAGUGAUCACUGUGCUGUGUAUUAUCAUAAAGAAAAGAUGCAUUAAAAGAGAUACGCAGUUCCAAGAGACUGUUUUGCCUGUAAUGCCAGUAGAGCCCCAGCUGCAACCAUCAACCUUUGAUCAUAAUAACAUCCGUCAACUCCUUACGCUGGACACUGCCCAGCUAAAGGUCAGAGCCAAGCCACCAGAACUGCCCCUGCAGUUGAGGGCUGGCUCCAGUGAAACAUGCAGAGUAUCUAUUGAGCAAUCUGAACGUUUGUGAAGAAGAAAAAGAAAAAAAUUACAACAUCCUUGUAAUGAACCCUCUUUCCUCCUUAUUUCAUAUUAAACUUUUCUUCGUUGUGGCAGAUGCAACUUUUUGUUUCUCGAUCGAUCUUACAUAAAUUGUUAUACCUUUCUCCCUGUAUUUAUUUCCUCUUAAGUUUAAUGGAAAUAUAAUGCUGGAAAAAUAUUCUCCUUAGG